AUCACUACAGUAGCCUUUACAGGAGAGUUGAGCGCUCCGCCGCGAAUCCUCAGUUUUCUCUCCCAAAUAUGGGCUAGGAAUGUACGGGGUGACGUCAUGUGUGCCGGGGGUUCGGAGGAAGCCAGGACCGCAGCCGCGCGGCUACGCCUGUGAGUGCGCGCGGUGCUCCGCGGAGCACUGACAUUGCACAGGACGAGACCGAGGGGCGGGGAGGAAAAAAAAAGAAACGGGACGCCCUCCCUUCUCUCGCUCGCUCUCUCUUUUUCCCGGUGCUCUAUCCGGGAAUAACGCCGUGUCCAAAAAGUUUAAACGGGGCAAACGCGGACUGUAGUUCUUCCAGGAAUACGCAACGCAUACAUUUACGAAUUUUGGGGAAAAGUAUCUCGUUUUCCCAGCUUCUUCUUGAUGUGUUUUUCCUUUUAGAAGAUUUUGUUGUAAGAGAAAGGCAGCAUGGAAGAUUUAGAGGGAGCAGACCGAGGGAAUGCCGGCGAGUUCUCUGGCUUAUCACUGCUCCAUGUCAGCACACUCUGACGGGCGUCUGCGUGCCCUAUCUGCCUCCCAACACCCUUCCUCUCCACACCCAUGUGCCCAACAGCCUUCCUCUCCACACCCACAUGCCCACCAGGGGCCAAGCGGCAUCCUCCUCACGUCACGUGACGCCUAGAAUGCCUGAGCCACUUAUAUACCCUCUCAGUCCCCGUAUUGUUGUGUUUGACCACCUCCUGGCUGAUCUGGAGAGCUGCACCUCUCCCCUGGCCAGAUGUCCCGUCCUGUUGACCUCUGAACCUCCCGCGACCUCUGACCCCACGUCAGCAGGCCUGCAGGACCCCACACAGGCGAGACCCCCACCCCCCGCUUACACACCCCAGCAAACUGUUUCUUCAGCAAUGAAGUCCAAUGGAUCUCAGAGUGCCAACCCUGACAAACUGUACAGUACGGUGUGUAAGCCGCGCUCCCCCCGCUCCCCCGACCCUCCUCCGGCCUUCUCCUCCUCGUCCGUGCUGGGGGGAGGACUCAGCGAGCUCGACCACCUCCUGCAGGAGCUCAACGCCACCCAGUUCAACAUCACAGAUGAGAUUCUGGCUCAGUUUCCCAGCAGCAAGAAGGACGAACGGGACAAAAUGAAGGACUUCCAGAACUCCAAAUCAGGACCCCCCUCCUCAGGGUCAGCGAAACCCUCCGCCACGUCUGCCACCCUGGAGCUGGACAAACUCAUGGCCUCCCUCUCCGACUUCAAAGUCCAGAGCACGCCUGCUGCCCCUGCUCCGGUCACUCCCGUGGUAACGUCCACACAGCAACCAGCCCCCGCCCCUCAGACCUCCUCCGGCGGCUCAUUGGACAGCAUGCUGGGGCUCCUCCAAUCGGAUUUGAGCAGACAGGGAGUCCCCACCUCCUCAAAGGGAAACUGCUCCGCCUGCCAGAAGCCCGUUGUUGGCCAGGUGGUGACGGCCUUGGGGCGGGUAUGGCACCCGGAGCAUUUCGUCUGCUCGGAGUGCGAGUGUGAGCUGGGCAAUAAGAAUUUCUUUGAGAAGGACGGCCAGCCGUACUGUGAGCCCGACUACUUCACCCUCUACUCACCUCACUGCGCACACUGCCACAAACCUAUUCUCAACAAAAUGGUCACUGCGAUGGACAAGAACUGGCAUCCAGAGUGUUUCUGUUGUGUCAAGUGUAGUCGGUCAUUUGGAGAUGAAGGUUUCCAUGACCGCGAGGGGCAGCAGUACUGCCAGCAGUGCUUUUUGUCCCUCUUUGCUUCCCGUUGCCAAGGCUGCUCUCAGCCAAUCAUGGAGAACUACAUCUCAGCACUCAACUCCCUCUGGCACCCCCAGUGUUUCGUCUGCAGGGAGUGUUACAGCCCGUUUGUCAACGGCAGCUUCUUCGAGCACGAGGGCCAGCCGCUGUGCGAGGCCCACUACCACCAGUCUCGCGGCAGCAUGUGCCACGCGUGCCAGCAGCCCAUCCUAGGCCGCUGCGUCACAGCCAUGGGCGCCAAGUUCCACCCGCACCACCUGGUGUGCCAGUUCUGCCUCAAGCCGCUGAGCAAGGGCUGCUUCAAGGAGCAGGAGAACAAGCCCUACUGCCACCCAUGCUUCAUCAAGCUCUUUGGAUGAAUGCAGGUGGAGAGAGGGAGGUGGGGAAUGGGGUGGGGGUAAAAUGAGGAUGGAGGAGGAAGAGAGGAA